UUUCAAAUCGUCCUGCCUCGCAUUUCUCUUGACCUGGAAUUCUCCCAUCGACACCUACCCGUCGUUUUGGCCUGGGCCCCUGCCCGAUCGACAAGAUGUCAGACCGCUCUGCCCCAAAAGAGCACCCGAAGAACCAACCCCGCAAUCCAUCCAGUCUUCGGAACCAACUACACGACAGCGAGAUUCAGGUGCCAGAUAGCCAGAUUGUGAUUCAGGAAACACAGCAAGGUGGAGAAGUGAUGACUCCCGCCAGCGGAGGGGACCCGCUGAGUCCCAAUAGCCAGAAAUUGCUGCAUCGCACGACGCAGCCUGUGGUCCAGGAGCAAUAUGACAUGUCUAAUGAGGGCCCGGUGUUUGGUCUAGUUAGGCCCACUAUGGUCGAUGAUCCUCGCUUUAUUUUCCCCCCUCAUAAUUCCAGUUCGAAGACAGCGGCCAAGCAGGAGAACACACAGGGCCCUAAUUCCAGUUCUCGUCCCUGCAUAGAGCCUCCAACGAAUAAUCUUCCGACCAUCCAAAGCCUUCCCCAUGGGAAAACGAGCUACACGACGGACGAAACAAACCUGCACCCCACUGAAGCUCAGAGUGAAGAGGCAGUAGUUCAAGAACACAAAAUUCCUCGGUUUGAUCUGAAUAUGACCGCGGAGCAGGCCGUCGCAACGAUCGACACGAGAUUGAUGCUACAUGUUCCCAGAGAAGCGCGACAUCCGAGCGAAACAGCUUUGUCCGAGAAACCCCAGCUCCAGCACUCGAAACCACCUGGUGGUCGACCCAAAAAGAAGGUCAAAAAACUUCGCCUACGGGAGAAAGCCCCUCAGUCACAAAUGGCAAACCAUUUGACUCAUGACAAUGAAGAGAAUCGAUCUAAGAGCUUGAAUCUCGAGCGCCAUAUCUCUGUGCUAAAUCAAGUGAAUGGGCCCACAGAAUCAUAUGUGGAGAAGCCACAGGAAAACCUCAAGCAAGCGAUCAGCUUUCAACAAAUGCCUCAAGAACUUCCAAACUGCUACGACGGUUCUGAACCAAUGGAAGAGUACCAGACGGAAAGUAAUAGCCAAAUCGAUCCUGCCAAAGAAAUCCCAGCUUGCUGCAAGCCACAUAAUGGCUGCGAGGAGGUUGGUGGCAAUCAUGCGAUAGUCGACACAAGAGAGAGUAUGAUCGUUCAAGGCCAGCAAAAUGAUAUAUAUGGCGGUACACAAGUACAGCACUUCGUUGACAGCAACCAUAAUCAGCCACCGAAGCCGAAUGGAAAGGAUCGUUCGAUGGCCCGACAGAACGACGUAUACCGGGUAUCGAAGAGGCAUCAGCCUGCUCGGACGAACCACAGCCCCACGCUCGAUCUACUUUCCGAGCUCCCGCCCAAGUACGUGAAACUUUUCGGAGUUCUUGCACAGCUUUUCAAAGAGGAGGAAAGCGGGUCAGACCAAAAAGCUGUUGAGGCCAACUCCAAAGCGUAUGAAACAGCUGUGGCGGCGUUGAAAGAGACACAGAAAUCUCAGGCCAUUACCAUCACGACUCUAGAGACGAGUAACAAAAAGCUUCGAGAAAGCUCAAUCGCUCUCCCUUCGCGUAUGCAGAAAUUCAUCCAAGGAAUGGAAGCCGAAUUCGAUACAAUGAAGAGACAUGCCAAGUUACAUCGAGAAUCAUGUGAUCGAGCGUUGCAAGAGAAGUUUGAUGAGUUUGAAAUUCAGAAAAAGGACCUAAUUGCCGACUUUGAGAAGACACUCAGCACUAUGAAUGAGAGCCGUCGGCGCAUGAGGGCGGUUCUGGACGAUUGCUUUUCGCGCUUGAAGUCCGCUGAGUCGAAGAAAACCGACCUCAGCCAGAAGCUUGCGUAUCAAACUAGUCUAUUCUUUGAAGAGCAAGAGAGACGGAGAAAGCUCGAAGAGGAUUUACUCACCACUCUACACACCAUGCAGGCCAAUGCUGAUAUAGGCCUGGAGUCAUUGAGCGCACGUCUUGACAGCGUUCAGAUGUCUUCAGCUGUCGCUUCAUCGCACCAGAUAAAGCACGAACAGCUCCAAAAUUCCGUUGAUGCCUUGCGAGGCUUACUAAAUAUCCCAUUCCUCACCACAGAUCAUAUCAAAGAAGCGGAAAAGUCGUUCCGAAGCAUUGGCGAGCAGAUCACCACGGAUAUAUGCAAUGUGGUUGGCUCAGUCCAGGGCAGCGAACUAGUGAUAAAGGAGCUCCAGAAUCACAUUAGUAACCCGUUGCAGACACUUUUAGGCGAUAUGACCAAGUGUCUUCAAACGGCCAAGAAAUAUCGGGAUUCGCAAGAAGUGCACAAUCAUCUCAUCGGCGAACUCGAGGGACGGAAAAAACAGUGUGAGUAUCUAGAAAACCAGAUCCAUGAGUACCAGCAAAUGCAAAGCGACCUCAAAGCUCAGAAUUUGCAAUUGCAACAGCAGGUAGGAGACUUGGAGAGGGCAAAACGGUCACAGAGCGCAGAAUUCUCUGUGGUAAAGGGUGGGCUUGAGGAUACUGUAAAGGGCUUGAACCAGAAAAUUCUCGAAUUGGAAUUGAUUAAAGAACAACUACAUAAAGAAGCGGGUUCUUUGAUGGAAGUCAAGAAACUUCGAGACGCGCAAGACGCAAAAGUUCUUGAGUUAUCUCGCACUCUUGAAGAGAAUAAGACGGAGAAUGUUCCAGACCAUGCAUCAGUACUACGAGAGAUGGAGAUACAGCAGGCGAAAGUAAUGAAAGAGAAGGAUGAUAUUAUCCAAGAACAACUCUCCCGACUAUCUCAUGAACGCGAUGCAAAAGGGAAAGCUCUUGUCGAAAUAGAACAUGCUCUAGAAACGACCCGCGGGGCUUUGCGGGCAGCCGAGGAGAAAUCUCGAGAAAUCGCUGUAGCAAUGCAGAGUCGUGUUGAAGAGCAUCAGGCUGCAAUCGCAGGAAGAGAAGUCAAAUUCUCCGCCGACAUGUCUCAUGUCAAGCAACAAUUGAAGCAGGCUAACGAGAAUCUCAUAUUGAGAGUGGAGGAAAAUGCCAUUCUUACUGAGGAGAAGGCAAAACUCCAAGAUCUUUUUACCUCGCAACAGGAGCAACUAACCCAGUCAAGAGAGCAACUGAGCAAAAAGCAGUCCCUCAUUGACGACCUACGCAAGAGGGAAAUGUCGCAUAAUCAAAACUAUGAUAAGGUUUCAAACUCUGUGCAAGAGCAUCAGAAGGUAUUGAACAGCUGCGAAGUGAAAAAGGCCGAGGCAGAGAGGGUUCCAGAGCAAGCCUCAAGCCGGGAAAGACAGUCAAUAGACAAUCUUGAGACACAAUUGAGCGCUGCUCGUCACGAGUGCGAAGAGAAAGACACCCAGGUCCAGGAACUCCAGAACCAAGGUAAAGACAAGAUCAAAGAUCUGAAGGAGAGUUACGAGGCAGAACUUCAGGAGAUGCAAGAACAGCUGAGAGCAGCGGAGGUAGAAAUCGAAACCUUGAAGGCGUCCGUCAAACGUCUCGAGGAUGAAAAUAGAAAACAGCUUGAGGCGCAUGAACAGAUGCUCCGAGGAAAGUUCGAGCAGGAGAUGGAAAAAAAAGUGUAUGAACGCACAGUAGAGGGCGAACGCGAGACACAACAAUCGAAACACACUGGAAAACUCCCUGUCGACUCUAGUUUCCGGCACUAUGUGGGUUCGUCCAUUACCUACUCAGAUCAUGUACCUGGAACGCAAGUCUGGAACGCGGAGACACAGGAUACUCACUUCUUCGUACCAGAAACACAGGAGGAUGCCUUUAAAAACACAGAUGAUGCCAGAAAUGCUCGAUUUGCGUUCUCGCAGGUGGAUCGAAAUACUACCAGUCCACUGACCGAAGUUCCUUCCGAUGCGACGGAAGAGGGUCUAAUUGAUAUGACCGAGCCAAAAGUGUCAAACUCCAGAGAAUCCCUUCGCCAAGAGAGAUCUCCGGGACCCCUACAGGAUCACUUGCAAGCGGAGUCACAAUCCUACAUGUUCCAGGACAUCAACCAAGCCAACAUGAGCACCCGCAUGAGGCCACCGUCAACCUCCAAAGCCCACACAAGAAAAAGUUCGUGGGCAAGCCAGCAAUCCCAAAGCUCACAGAGUCGCUUGAGCAGUGGUUCGCGAAGAAGUGAAUUGAGUGCUCAUACAACCCUCUAUCAAGGACGGGGUAUAGAAAAGAAACCAACGGUGCCUCCGCCAAACACUGGAAAGUUAUCCUCAAAACUUCAUGAAGCACAGCAACAUGGAAAUUUUCAGAAGCGUAAACGGGAAACAGGUAGAAAAGGAAAAGACGGUUUUGAGCACGACCAAGCAGAUGUAACGAAGCGAGCUUGCUUGCGAAGCUCAUCGGCACACCUAAAAGGAAAUGGGCUGAGCUCAGCUACCCCUUCAUCACGGGGGGUGUCUUCAUCUCGCACAAGCAAGGGUGUGAUUCCCAAUAUAUCGGCAGCACGAUCUAAGGCUAACAUUCUGAUUUAG